GAGAAAGAGCUGGCAAAAAUAGAAGCUGACAAAAAUCUGAAAAAGAAAGUGGUGCCAAAAACGAAAGUGGAACCGGAAAAAGCAGCAGAACCGAAACGGACAGUACGAAAGAUCGUCAAAGACAAACCCCAAGAAGCAGCAGCUCCAGUCCCCUCAUUUGCCACGGUGCCCAAACCAGCCACAGCGGCGGCUACUCCCAAAACAGCAGCAGUGGCUGCCACUGCUCCAAAAUCGGCUGCCUCCACUGCCGCGGCUGCUCCAGCUUCUGCAGCACCAAAAGCUCCCGCUGCCACUAAAGCAGCUGCAGUUGCUGAGCCGAAGAAGGCGGAAUCGACAGCGCCCAAAACUGCCGCGCCUGUGGCUAAGCCCCUAAGUACGCAAAAGCCAACCAUCCCCAAGAAUGAUGUUGUUGUAAACGACGACAACUAUGAUUUGUUUGAGGCCGCCACGAAUGUAGCGACAAGGCGACGGAAAAGUUUGGCCGAAAUCCAAGCUCGUAGGGAACAACAAGGAGCUGCUGUGGCUGCUGCCAAGAGUGGCAUUGAACAGAAAGAGGCGGCCCAGUCUACAGCGAAACCUGGACCGAAAGGUGAUGGUGCUGCAGCUACCAAAAUUCGAAAUGCUCUUGCAAACGCAACCAAUGUUCGCAAGCCUGAAACCCCCUCUCCAAAACCGGAGGGUGAAAAGCAGAUGAAACGAUAUGCGGGCCGACGGAAAACCCAGGAAAUUGUCAAUGAAUCAGCCGAGCCGAAGAUGAAGAAAAGGAAGCAAAUGUACAAACGAAACCGAUUUAUCCGUGAUCCACAUGAUAUCGAUGUGUUACUUGGAUGGGACAAAGAGAACACCUUCGAAAAGAUGGAACAAAUGUUCAUGUUGGCAUCCAAGGACCGUAUCAAUCGACCACCACAGAAAAAACGAAAACGAGGACACGGAUCGAAGAUCUGGAUUAGCGACCUUACCGACAUCGAUAAAAUCUACAAAGCGUCUGAAAUUCGGGACAUAAUAGCCUCGGCCAAUGUAUAG